UGAUUUGCCAACCCAGGUUUCUGAUUUUGUAAAAUCUCUCACUACCUUAAAAACUGUGCAAUCAUUAUGUUGUUCUUCAACUGUUUACUGUAACGGAACCAAAUAUUGUUUGGGUGAUGUUUUGAUAGUUAAUGUGUAUGAUGAAUGUCCCAUAUUUGCAAAAUUACAAUACAUCUUGUCUUAUUACGAUUCUAUUAUUUUAGUUACCAAAUUUUUGCGACCAAGUUUUAAUUCACAUUUUCAUGCGUACUGUGUUCGAGAAACUGAAGACUAUAUUUUUGUACAACCAGGAUAUGAGCGCUACCCGGAAUGUUUGGACUUGUAUAAGGUAGAUGACGAAAAAUUGUACGUCCGUCCAAGAUAUAAAAUUUGCCUUUAGUCAAACAGAAACAUUACAACUUACAAUAUUUGAAAUUGAAUUUGUAGUUUUGCUGUAAUAUCCAUGUUUUCCAUUGUAUUUCAGGUCAAUAAUUAACCAUGCAGUGUGAAUAUCUCAUAACUUAUCUUAAUAAAACAAAAAUACUCAAGUGUUGUAAAGAAGAUUUAAGAAGAAAAAUGGAACAACUGUUUCGCAUAGAAAAAACAUACGAACUUCAAGUUUUUAACACAACCUUCAAACGUUGGGUGGAUAUUGAGGAGGUAGAAGAAAUACCAGAUGUAGAAACAGCAGAACUACGUGUAAAACAUUCAGUGCAAAGUAAUGAUGAUUCAGACAGUACUGUUCCUGUGAGUGAAUGCUCUGAAUCAUGCUGUGACAACAAUGAGCAAGUCUUUUGCUCAACACCAACAGACUCUUUUUCAAUGGUCACACCAGAUACCUCAACAUCUAUAUCACUAGAUGUCUCAUCUACUUCAACAGAUACAGAUGAGCAAAACAACGAUGAUCACGUUUGGAUAUUUACGUAUAAUGUUCCAAAUUUUCCAGAUCAUAUUUUAGAAGCAAUAAACACCAAAUGUUUGGAUUCCAAGACUCGAAAAAAGAUUGCUUAUGAUGUUUUCAAUUCAGUUAUGCUUCAUACUUUGUACCCGACAUCACAUGAAUACAGAGCUGUAUGUACUGCUUUAAUUAAGAAGCAUCCAAACCUAACGGACAAGAAUAAAUUCAAUCCAAUAGGUACAUGGGUUGAAUCUUUAAGGCAAAGAUUUCGUGAUCUUCGACGAUCACUAAUAAAUAAUGAACAAGUACGAAAAAUGAAAAAAAAUAUGGCUUUAAGAGAAGAAAUCCAGCUGAAGAGCCAAGCACGAGCAAAGAAAUAACAACCACGCCAGCAAAAAGACCACUGUUGGUAAGUACUGUUUUACUAUGUUCUUUCCUAUUAUAUCAAUUUCCAGGUGUAGUCUAGUAUUUCAUUUGUGUUUUUUU